UCAGUCUGACGAAACGACGACGGUGGAGUUCUUGACUGACGACACAAGUGUACUUACUGUUAUUGUUUACGACCGAUGUGAGACUGUGGAAGCAGACGACCGACCUGGUAUUAGGUUUGAGUGUACCACGAUAAUCUUGUGACGGCUUGGCAGUGAGAACGGGAAUCUUCACUAGAGAGUACUGUGGGACGCACGCAUCAGCUUACUGUGGCUCGCGCGCGAGUGCGCCCAUACGCGACGAUAUGGGAAGAGAUGCUGCUGCUCCUGGGCUGAGUAAGAACGACGCCGUGGUGGCCAAGGACGACAACGGCAACGGCAACGGCAACGACGCAGCGGAACGGAUUGAAACCUCGACGACUCAGGAUGACAGCGCGACGCUCGGGACUGCGACGUCGGGCGCGACGAAGGCUGAGGGAGAGCUCGGGGCGAAGAAGGGGUGGAGACGCAAGGGGUGGUUUGGGAAGAUGAACUCGAGUGCGAAGGGAGAGGCGCUGGAGAAUAUGGGGAGUAGGGUUGGGUUGUUGGAGAGGGGGGGGGGGGAGGUGGUGUGGAAGGUUUAUAAGAGGAGGUGGUUUGGGUUGUUGCAGCUGGUGCUGUUGAAUGUGGUUGUUAGUUGGGAUUGGCUCUCCUUUGCGCCCGUCUCGACAACGGCCUCGGAAUACUUCGACACCUCCAUGACAGCUAUAAACUGGCUGAGCACCGGCUUCCUCUUCGCCUUCUGCGUCGCAACACCCUUCACCAUCUACGUCCUGCACACCGGCGGCCCCAAGCCCGCCAUCAUAACCGCCUCCGUCCUCCUCCUCGCCGGGAACUGGAUCCGCUACGGCGGCACCCGCGUCCAGAACUACGGCGUCGUCAUGUUCGGCCAGGUCCUGACGGGGUUCGCGCAGCCUUUCGUCCUGUCGUCACCGACGCACUAUAGCGAUCAGUGGUUCACGAGUAAUGGGCGUGUGGCGGCGACGGCGGUGAUGACGCUGGCGAAUCCGUUGGGAGGAGCGUUGGGGCAGUUGAUUGACCCGUUUUUUGCGCCGAAUAAGGGGGAUAUUCCUAAUAUGGUGUUGUAUAUUUCUAUUAUUGCUACUGUUGCUUCGAUCCCAUCUUUCUUCAUACCCGCUGCUCCACCGACGCCGUCCUCACCAUCAUCAACAGAGCAUAAAUUGGACAUCAUCCCCUCCAUAAAAACGCUCUUCAAAUCCCCCGAGUUCAUCAUGAUGCUCAUCCCCUACACCGUCUACGUCGGCCUCUUCAACUCCAUCUCCUCCCUCCUCAACCAAAUGCUCUCCCCCUACGGCUUCACCGAAGAAGAAGCCGGCAUCGCCGGCGCGAUCCUCAUCGUCGUCGGCCUCGUCGCCGCCGCAAUCUCCUCCCCCAUCCUCGACCGCUCAAAGAAAUUCCUCCUCGCUAUCAAAAUACAGGUCCCCCUCAUCGCCCUCGCAUACCUGGCGUUCAUCUGGGCCCCGCCUACUCGCAGCAUCGCGGCCCCUUAUACCAUUCUCGCUAUCCUUGGCGCGGCGUCGUUCACACUCCUCCCUGUGGCUCUUGAGUACGUGACUGAGCUCACGCAUCCUGUUAGUCCGGAGGUGACGAGUACGAUUUUAUGGUCGGGCGGGCAGUUGCUCGGUGGGUUGUUUAUUGUUAUCAGCGAUGCGUUGACGGAUGGGGAGCAGGGAGGGCCGGGGUCGGAUGUCCCGAGGAAUAUGCAGCGUACGCUGUGGUUCCAGGCGGUGAUUGCGAUGGUGGCUAUGGUGCCGCCGUUGUGUUUGGGGUUGUUUGGGAGGAGGGAGCAGGUGAAGAUGAGGAGGGCGGAAGCGGAUAAGGUGUAUAGGGAGGGGCGGAGGCUGAAUGGGGCGGCGGUAUCUUGAGGAUAUAUUUUUCCUUUAUCUGCUACAUAUUAAUUAGUAUUUAUGAG